AUGCGACUUAUUGUGGCCAUGCUUGCAGAGCUUGCAGAAUUGUUUGCCAAGCCUCGUGUAAAUUUUGAUAGCUCCAGGCCGGACGUUAGAGGGCAGAGCGAUGCUACCCGUACCAGCGAGGGGGGUCCGGUUCGCGUCGACAAGCGCCAAUCACUCGAGGAUGAUGCAACGGGAACCAGCCGUCCAUUUUGGAUGAACUACUCCCAGCAGGUGGAGAAAUCUGGCCGUGAAACCAAGUAG